CAGCAGCAGCAGCACAAGGUUUUCUUUGGAUUUGACUAUUACAUCAAUAAAUUUAGAGUCUUUUUCUACUUCACCAUUUUUUUCACCCUUUGAUUGCUUGACCUUCUUUAACAACCUUCCUGGAUAGCCAAUUUUUCUUAUUUUUUUCGUAUUUCUGAUACCCAUAAGGAAAAACGAGGUACUUUCAUCACUUUUGGUUGUUCUUGAUUCAAAACUUGUUAAUUUAUGAAUACAUAUACAAGCAAUUCUACUUCUUUAAUGAAUAAUAAAUCAAGGAGAGUCAAGUCCUCUGGGUGGGCUGCCUUUGACUUGAAACAGAGGCAGAAAGAUGGUGAAGUUGAUGGUAAGGAUCCUUUUCCAGCUAUUGGGGACCUGCCAGUUACUGGGGGUUUGAGGAGGAAUGAUGAUGUUGGUGGUUUAUCUUCAAAGUCUUUCUCUUCUGUUCUCCAACCGCCUGCUUCUGCUGGUUUUCCUGCUUUGAAGACACAGAAUGUUAAUAAUUUGACCGCCAAAGUUGCUGAUUUUUCUGCUGGUUAUAGGGAUUCCGAUAAGGUUAUUGAGGAGAAGAAUGGUGGGAAUGUUUUAUUGGAUUUGCAGAGGCUGAAAGAAAUUCAUGGCUGGGCUGAUUUUAGCUUGAUUGAGGAUGUCAUGGUCAGUGUGGAUAAUGAUGCUGAAAAGGCUUGUGUUUUGUUGAAUGGGAUGGUUUCUAAUGCUGACUUUGACGAGGAUGAGGGAGCAAAAUUUAACUCUGGUUUUAAUAAGAGUCUUGCUGAUGAUAUUGCUGAUUUGAGCUCGACUCUUGAGGAUGCUCUAAAAGGUAAUGAUCAUAACAAUGAUAAUAACAGCAUAGAAUUGAGGGAGGAUGUAGGUGUUUCCUCUUCAGUUGAUGCUGCUGCAAACAUGAAACUGAUCUUGGGGUACUUGAAGUCUAUACCUGUUGAGCCUGAAUGGGAAGAGGAUGAUGUUUACUUGAGUCAUCGAAAGAAUGCUUUGAGAAUGAUGAGGUUAGCAUCUCAACAUUCCAGGGCUGCCACUAGUGCCUUUUUAAGAAGGGAUCAUUUUUCUGCUCAGCAGCACUCAUUGAGAGCUCGAGAGAAAUGGUCGGCUGCUGAACAACUCAAUGCUAAGGCAGCCAAGGAAAUCUUAAGCAUACGAAAUAGUGACAAUGAUCCAUGGAAAUUAGACUUGCACGGUCUUCAUGCAGCAGAGGCUGGUCAAGCCUUGCAAGAACACCUGCUAAAAAUUGAGACCCUGGUUCCAAACAAUAGGUCAACUUCUCCAUGUAGAAUAAAAACAAAGAAUGGGAUUUUACAUUCUUCACCAUCAGACGCCUUUAGUACUGUAGAUGCAGAGAACUUGGAUAAGCAGCAGGCAACAUUUAGACAGAGGCCAACAUCGUUACAAGUCAUAACAGGUGUAGGCAACCAUAGCCGGGGGCAAGCUGCACUCCCAACAGCAGUGAAAAGUUUCCUCAAUGAUAACGGAUAUCGAUUUGAUGAGACGAGGCCAGGCGUGAUCACUGUUAGGCCCAAAUUCCGUCACAGAUGAACUAUCAACUAGUAUACGUGAGUUUAGAAUCUUGUUAUUUCACCCUGAGCCAUAGAUGCUACUUCAUUGUUUUAGUUUGAGGGAAUAUUUCCGGCUUUGACUCAGCUUUGUAUUAUUAGUAAAUGUUUGUUGAAUGACGCCCAUGUACAUUAUUAGCUUGCAGGAUCUUUUUCUGUAUACGGAAAUAAUUGGCUCUUUCUGUUUUGGCAACGUCAUAAAUUAUCGGGAUCUGGCUCAAUGUAUUACACCUGAGUUAUUGGUGGAUUUAUUAAUGUUCUUGCUUCUGGAUGG